UUGCCUACGUGAGAUAGUAGCGAAAUCCCCCUGUAGUUGUUACAGUUGGACCGGUCACCCUUCUUGUACAGCACCUUGAUGGUUGCAUCCUUCCACUCUCGCGGAAUAUCUCCUCCGUUCCACACCAUGACGAGGAUGGUAUGGAGGUGUCCCAGGACGAAGGGUUCGUCGUUAUCGAUCUUGAGCAACUCGGCAGGGAGGGAGUCAUGGCCGGGUGCCUUCCAGUUCUUGUUGCCUUUCGUUGCCCGUGCCACCUCCUCGAGUUCUGGCACAUCUCCCAACCGUUGAGUGUCACGUGUCGCUGGCCGCUGCGUCACUCGUUCGAUGAUGUCUAGGUUCAGGGUGGGGGGUUCGGUGUUGAGUAAGGUGUUGAAGAAUCUCGCCCACCGCUGGAGGAUGUCUUCCCUGUUCCGGAGCAACACGCUGUUCUCAUCCGCGACGAACUUCUGUCCCCCCGUUUGUCUCCCGCUGAGGCCCACUGAUUUGUUGAGGUGUUGGUACAGUCCUCGCAUGUCGCGAUCUUUGUAGAUUUCUUCGAGCUCAUCACAUAUCCGUCCAGGUAGGCAUGAAUGCCCGUUUCGACUCCUGUAGCCACCCCCUUACACGCUGCUUUGAGAACCCUCCACGUCGCUGAGUUCCAGUUGCCCCUCAUCGCUCGGCGCGCUUCCCGACGUUUGUUAAGGGCCUGCUCCAGCCCUGCUCGCGUCUCUGGGGUCUCACACCACUCCUGCGUGCGGCGUCUCCGCGGUUCCUCCCCCAGCGUCGUCCGCGCUGCGUCGAGGAGAGCAUUGGUAAAGCCGGUCGCCAAUUCCUCGGCGGUGGUUGUUCGCGCGUCCAGUCGUGUGUCGAGGUUGAGGAGGAACCGAUUAGGCACCGCACACCGUGCUGCUUCGAACUGCAGUUCCCGUCGGUUGAAGUGCUUCUGUUUCAAUUUGGUCCGAAUUGCACGGUUGUGGUCAAGCCUGCCACCGAGGUUGACGGUGGCUACUACCAUAUUGUGGUCUGAGUCUGCUUUGACUGGGCGAGCCGGCUGGGGGAUGACGACCACGUUAGCUACUCGGCCGUGAUGUGCCUGCCUCGUCAGGAUUUAGUCAAGGUGCUUGCAAUCGUUUCCCGACACACCGUUGUAUGUGUGCCAUAUUCCGCCCUUGCGUGUCUCAAAGAACGUGUUCGUGAGAGCUAGCCUGUUUUCCGUUGCGAAGUUCAACAGUAGCAUGCCAUUGUCGUUGAGCUCAUCACGCCCGUACAUUCCUAUUACCCUUCCGUCCCCUCCGUCCAACCUAUCUCCCGUCCGCGCGUUGGCGUCCAGUAGGACAUACACACAUUCUUUGGAAGGGAUCCUCCGCACGAGACUGUCAAGUUUUCCCCAGAACACGCGCUUGCUGUCGGCGGUUGAAGGUUCGGUUGGAGCAUACGCGGCUACGAAGUUGACCGCUCCACGGUGGCCUGCCAACAGAAACCUCAUGGCCAUUAGGCGUUCGUCGAUAAACUCCGUAGUGAACGUGGAUGUCUUGCACAGUGACUCUUUCACGGCUAUCCCCACACCAUGGACUCCACCAGUCUCCGUGCCACAGCAGAACAACCGGAAACCCACUGCUGCAAAUUCCGUUCGACCUGCCCUUCGUGCCUCCUGCAUUCCUACCACCGAUACGUCUUGUCUCGCUGCCUCGUGUAGAACGCUGCUCGCCCGUAUCAAUUGGCCCCGUUUACAGCUAAAGUCCGCACAUUCCAGGUUGCUACCCUAAGAAGUUGACCCUGCUGUCUCUUUCGCGCGGCGCGCGCUGCUCUCUUAGCUAGCCUACGCGCCGCUCGACCCCUCCUUUUCCUCCAUCUUCCCCUCUUUUUUUUGUUUUUUUGCUAGUUUCUUGCGAAUACUCGGGCUAACGUGAUAGUUACCCCGGUUCGUGGCUUGUUUCCCAUAGAGAUGUCUUCUUGACCCGGAGCGGUGUGGCCCUCCAUCUCUGGACUCGCUCCUUUCCUCUCUCUGGGGCAUACCCCCACGGCGUGCGGCCACUCCGCCACCCUCACCGUGCUCUCUGCUGCUGCAUAGCCCCGGUGUCCAAGCCGGGGCGUCAGGAUCCAGUCCCAUUUUGCAGCUACCAAAGCGGGCGGCUAAGGAGCUACCCCGAUCUCACGACAGCAGUAACUCCCAACCGCCAAACUCAGGAUCCCCCUC